UUGCGACAGGGAAAAAUUUAUGACUAUUCAUUAUCAGAUCAAACCUUGCAGAGCUUUGUCGACUUUGCUCUCUACCGAUUCAAGAAAGUCAAAUCGUAUCCUGUUCCGCGUCCUCCGUCACAACUGGAAGAAAUAUGGGAAGAGGUGGCGGAAGCUACAGUGGCAUGGUUUCAAAGACAUUUGAAUAAAUCCGAAGGAAUUCCUAUUAGCAUCGCUGUUCUCGUUUUUACAACGAUCCUUGUCGCGUUACGAACGCUCAAGAAGAAGGUGAUGAACCCAACGACCACAACCCCGGCGUCGAGAAUCUACCAGCAGUCGGGAAAUUACACUGAAGGAGAUGGGCCCAACAACGUUGCAGAUACUUGGAACGACGGACGAACAGCAGAAGAGCCGAUCCAUUGCGCCAGCUAG